AUGCCACCAACGACCUCUUCACCCGUAGCUAGUACUAGCAAUAGCCCCACCAAGACACCUCUGUCCAUGCAGCGUCCCAAGCUGUCCCCUCGCAAACGCAAGUUCAGUGCCUCGGACGCUACGUCACCAACAUCUCUGGAUGAAGUGAACAACAACAGACCAAGCUCACCGCUCGAGGGGCGUGUGAUCUCGCCAAAGAAGAAGGUCAAGGCGGAAGAACACGGCAGCACGAGUGACCUGAGCAAGUGGGAGCACCAUGUAGUGGCCAGCAUCGCCAACGCACUGGAUCUGGACGGCAUGGAGAUGGCAGUCGAGCCAAUCUUGUUCUCGCUGGCACCUGCAGGUGAUCUUGCAGCUGACGAGCUGGAGAUCCUUUGUUGCUUCCUGGCAUGA